AUGAAUAUAAAACAAAUAUCAUUUUUAGUUUUUAUAUUAUUAUCAGUAAUUCAAUAUGCUUUUUGUUUAAAGGAAAAUGACCCAUUAACAACAUGCAUUUUCCCAACUGGUAGCGGUUCUUUAAUAAAUCUUUCACCUUUAAUGAUCGAAAAUGAUUAUCAAUACAAUGAUAAUAAUGGUAAUCAAUAUUACUUUUCAUUUUGUAAUGUUUCUUUAAUUUGUGAGAAAAUCAUUGGUUAUUCUGGACCUCAAAGUUGUCAGGUUUAUCAAGAAAACCAUAAAUCAAUAUACACUUAUGAAUUAGGUGCUUUUGUAAAUGGCAAUUAUAAAAUAAGUGAUGAUGGUACUGGAAUUCUAUUAUACUAUAACUCAACCACUAACUUAGUUUGUGAAGGUACUUCUUAUCGUAGUGAUACCUUUUUAUUUGUUUGUGAUCCAUCACAAGAGUUUUUAGUUACAAGUUUAAGUGAAAAUCCAUCAUGCACUUAUAAUUUUCUUAUUCACUCUUCUUUAGCAUGUCCAUAUUUACCAACCCCUUCACCAACUCAAACCCCAACACCAUCACCAACUCCAUCACCAACUCCAUCACCAACUCCUUCACCAACCCCUUCACCAACUCAAACCCCAACUCUAUCGCCAACUCCAUCACCAACUCCUUCACCAACUCCAUCACCAACUCAAACCCCAACUCCAUCACCAACUCAAACCCCAACUCCAUCACCAACUCCAUCACCAACUCCUUCACCAACUCCAUCACCAACUCCUUCACCAACUCCAUCACCAACUCCAACUCCUUUCCCAACCCCUUCUCCAACACCAAAUAACCCAAUCCCAUCAUCAUGUCAAAUUAAAUUUGGAUCACAAGAAAUUGAUUUAUCACCAUUAAUUGCUUCCGAUUAUUCAGGUUAUGUUUAUUAUGAUAACGAAACAAGUGUUGAAUAUUAUUUCAAUUUCUGUGCACCAAAUGAGUAUUGUUCCAAUUUAUUUAAUAGUGAUGUUCAAGCUUGUCAAAAGAUUGCACCAUAUGAAUAUUUAAUCUCAUAUUCAAACACUGGUCAAUAUCAAGUAUCAGAACAAGGUUUAGAGUUAUUAUACAACUCUGGAAAUGGUGAUUGUGAAACUGGUUUAGGUAAUUCUAUUGUAUUUGAUAUGGUUUGUAGUUAUAAUACUAGUUUUGAAGUUUCAAGUUUUUAUCUCUCAAAUUGUACCUAUUACUUUACCAUUGAAACUGUAAGUGCUUGUGUUGGUUAUACUCCAACUCCAUCACCAACUCCAUCACCAACUCCUUCACCAACCCGUACUCCAACACCAACCCGUACUCCUUCACCAACCCGUACUCCUUCACCAACUCCAUCACCAACUCCAACACCAAACCCAUCACCAAAUCCAAUGGAUACAUGUAUUUUCGAUUACACACCUCACUUAGUAGUAGAUCUUUCUCAACUUGAUUCUUCAAAUUUUGAAUACUGGGAUAAUAAUACAUUAACCAUGUAUUAUUUCAAUUUAUGUUCUUCUAAUAGUUAUUGUAUUGAUAAUCUUAAUGAAUCUAAUGAAACUCAAUCAUGUAUAACCAAUUAUAUUAAUGGAGAGAGAUCUGCAGCAAUUGGCUAUAAAAAUGAAAGUUCCUAUGAAUUCUAUACAAAUAUUAAUGGUCAACAAAACCAAGGUAUUGCUCUUUACUAUAACACUUCUCAAAUUUGUGCAGAAAAUUACCCAAUCACAUCAGAAUAUUUAUUAAAUUGUGAUAGUGGAUAUGAAUUCGUUGUUUAUGCAGUCUACGAAAUGAAUUGUCAUUUUACAAUUUUUAUUGCUACCAAAUAUGCUUGUCCAGUUCCAAAAGGAACCAGCGCUCCUAUUUACCCAUUAAAUAACAAUAAUAAUAAUGAUCAAAAUUAUAUCUUUAAUGAUAAUCAAAUUAAUAUUAAAAAUGAAUAA